AUGGAGGGAAAGAGACAACUUGAAAAAAGGGACUUUGGAAAAAGGCUGUCCCUGGAUAGCAGUCUUGUGGAAUACAUGGACUCUAAUAAAUACAUUGAGCAUCUGCUAACUCAACUGGAGGAGCAACACAGAAGUCUCUGGAGGGAGAAGUUGGCUGUGGCCCGACUACAGAGAGAAGUUGCCCAGAGAACAAGUGAGGAGGCCAUGCAUGAGAAGCUGAUACAUGAACUGGAAGAGGAGAGACACUUGCGUCUUCAAAGUGAGAAGCGGUUGCGGGAGGUGACCCUUGAGUCCGAGCGCAACAGAGUUCAGAUGCGCGGUCUGCAGCGGCAGUUCUCCAGGAUGGAAGAAACAGUACGAAAUCUAUUGCAGAGUCAAGGACCUCCAGAGCAGAAGAGAGAAGAACCUGUUAACAUAAUGACCUAUCAGGAAAAGCCAUCGGAGGAAGAGAGAAAACACAAGGAAGCUUUGGAUGAUCUUCACAUGGUGGUAGAUGAGGAUUCAAGGAGUGAAAACAGCAGUACAGAUGAGGGCAAAGAAAAGACGAAAUUGCUGUUGGAAAGAUUGAAAGCUUUAGAGGCGGAGAAUUCAGCCUUGGCUUUGGAAAAUGAAAAUCAAAGAGAACAGUAUGAGCGAUGUCUGGAUGAGGUAGCCAACCAAGUUGUUCAAGCUCUGCUCACUCAAAAGGAUCUAAGGGAGGAGUGUGUAAAGUUGAAAACAAGAGUGUUUGAUUUGGAACAACAGAACCGAACACUAAGCAUCCUAUUCCAACAGCGAGUCCGACCAACUUCUGAUCUGCUCCUGCAGAAACUUCACUCACGCAUCUUGGAUCUUUCAUCUGGAGAUUUGCUCUCAGAGGUGGGAAGGAGCCGAAGUCUAACACAGUCACGAACCGAUGUCGAGCUGCAUGAAUACCAACUGAAUGCAAGAUCAGGAACUUCUGCCCUGAAGUGCACUGGCUUGGGGGCUGUCAUCCCUGGUCACCUCUGUCCUCGAAACAGCUGCAGUAGCAGUGAACUGUCCCUUUCCAGCACCUGCAGUGAAUACUCCAGUGGCUCCUCUUACACAUGGCAUGAUAGCAAGAACCUCAGGAAAAGGCAAUCAACACAAAACUGGGAUAAAAGGCUAAGUAUCGAUUCUUCACUCCCAAGUGGCUUUGCUAGUUCUGCAGAUGAACUACCUCCCACUCGGAUCAAGGAAAGUCAUAUUUUGGAAGGGCUAAGGAAGCUACAGAAACGCAAAGUGUUACUUGAACCCCCGUCAGUGAUAACCAAAUGGGGUUAUAAAGAUUGCAUGAACUCAAAUGAAGGAAUAUAUUCUCCAGGAAUUAAAAGUGGCAGCCUUAAGGAAUAUCCUUCCAGCAAACUACCUGGUGUGGGGAGCCCUGGCAGGGAGCUCCACAAGACAUUUGUUUAUGAUACAGAUCCUCAGGAGGAUGCCGAUGAAGACUCAUCCUCUUUAGCAUUGCUGCAAACAGUUCCAAAUGAAGGCUGCAGGCUGCACAGCAGUAAGUUAACCCACAGUGUUUCUGAUAGUCUAUUUGGCUGGGAGCCUGAUGGAAAACACUUUUCAGAAGACAUGUCCUCAGUUUACCCCAGGGAAAAGCCUGAAAAGCUAUCUCAUUGUGCCAGCAACUACCCGUUGGACAGGAAGCUGUGCCCAAGUGUGCAGGUACCUCAGGURCAGAGGGAGAGGGAUCCCCACAACCAAGGCCAUGGUCACGUGGCUCUCAAUCUCCAGCUCUCAGACACUGAUGACAACGAAACACUAGAUGAGUUACGCAUAGAGAGCAGUGAUGAGAAAAGCCCUUCRGACCUGUCAUUGACUGCUGACACCGACAAGUCCACUGAGAACCUGGACAUCCUCAUAGGAUUCGGAAAGUCUGAACUUGAGUCUCCUAAAGAGGAAAAAACAAUGCCCACCUACCUAGAGACAAGGCCAAAGACAUUUGGCUUUAUUAAGCAGCAAAGGGUGGUAAAAAGGACUUCUUCAGAAGAAUGUGUCACUGUGAUAUUUGAUGCAGAAGACGGUGAACCCGUUGAAUUCAGCUCUCACCAGACUGGAGUUGUCACUGUUACCAGAAAGGAAAUCUCCAUCAACACGGCCUCUGCUGGGCCCAAGGCUGAACACACGGAACUUUCACCUCAGGGAAUUGCUCAUUUACAGCCGGGAGCUGCUGCGGCGAGAGAUUCUGCCUUCUUAAGAAGAUCUGAAGAGGGAAGUGAGAAAAACAUUCCAAAGGAUGACGUGGAUCAUGUUCCUCUGGUGACCAUAGACUCCUUCAGCCCCCAGUCAGUAACGCAAAAUGCCCCGCUACAAAAACCRACCAAGCCAGCACACAGUAUGUCAUGCCAGAGUAAUUCUAGGUCUGGGGCAUCUGUAGGUAUCUAUCAAAAGCAAAGUCUGACAAAAAUACCUGCCAGAGGCAAGUCUUCACCUCAGAAAUCAAAARUAAUAGAGCCUGAAGCUUCCACACUAGGUUCCCCCUCUGGCCUAGUGAGUCUUGAGAAAUCAUCAGCCUUACUCCCUGGGAAACUCUCACGGUGCAUGAAGACUGAGAGCCCAGGGCCCUUCUGUUCGGAUGCACAAACAGAAUCGCACAUUCCAAAACACCCUCUCCAACUUCCCCAUGGCCCCAAAAUGUCCAGCAGGAAGGACUCGGUCCAGUGCUGUAAGAGUCAGACUCCAGGAUUGCGGUCAAGGCCCCUUGCAGAGCCUCAUGAGAAUGGAGACCCUCCUACAAGGGACCAACACUGUGACUCAGAGCCAGACCUGGGAAUGAAGUCUCCUUCCCCGCCCCCUCCCCCAGGCAGGUCAGUUUCCCUCCUGGUCAGGUCCAGUUAUGACUAUCUGCCGCCACCUUCGUCUGCCAAAUCUGAAACCAGAGUCCCCAGUGACACGGCAAGGACAGUAUUCAAGGCCCCUCUGCUGAAAGGAACCUUUGCUCCUGUYAUUUCUUCGAAUCAGGCCACCACAGAAGUGCAGAGGAAGAAACCUUCCGUGGCUUUCAAAAAGCCUGUCUUCACCCAUGCUCCACCCUCCACAGAAGCCACGAUUCCCACCAGAUGCCCUGCUCAUAUCCCCACUAGCUCUUUUGCCAUGAUGUCUCCUGGGCCUCCAAAGUUCUCUCCAAAGAGAGGUGUCCCCAAAACCUCUCCUCACCAAGCACUUGGGACCCUGCACACAGACACAGGGUUAAGGACACCCAAGAAUUGUCCUUCCAUCCAUGAGCCAGUGGAGAUAGCCUCCAAAAGUGUAUCUCCAGGAAGAAAAGGACAAGUGAAUGACAGUGACCUUGCACCCCCCAAGCCUUCCUUCUUAGGGGCCAAUGAGUCACCAUCAUCUCAGGUUAACAGUUCCUCUUCCUCCUUCAAAAGCCAUAGUGCCCCAUAUGGUUGUCAUAAUGCUCAUGAGAAAGGACUGAAAACUCGUCUCCCCGUGGGACUCAGAGUUCUCAUGAAGUCUCCCCAGUUGCUCAGGAAAAGUUCCACGGUGCCAGGAAAACAUGAAAAAGACAGUUUAAACGAAGCCUCUAAAAGUUCUGUGGCUGUGGGUGAGUCUAACCCCCAGGACUCCAGGCAUCCAGCAAGGCUUGAGACCRCAGGGAAUAGAGGAACCACCUCUACACUGGGUUCGCAAGGGCCAGACCGUUUAGCAGAAGGACUUCCCCUGGAAACAGCACUGCCAGAAUCAUUAGAAAAUAGCAUCCUUAGGGCUGAUGGAAAAGAUGGAGUGGAAAACAGAUCCGUGAAAAGAUCGCUUUCUUCCAGCAAACCACACCUAAAACCAGCUCUAGGCAUGAAUGGUGCCAAAGCCCGAAGCCAGAGCUUCAGUGCCCACUCAGGAGACAAACCCUCUACUCCCCCCAUGGAAGGUUCAGGCAAAAUCCGAACUCAGAUUAUYACCAACACUGCUGAGAGAGGCAAUUCUCUUACCAGGCAGAAUGCCUCUGCCGAAAGCUCUCCUCCCAAGACCUCUUCUGCUCCCACAUCUGAGAGUCCCCCCAGUGCUGGAAAGCCCCUGGGACACUCCUUCUCCCGGCAAUGCUCCCAAGGGAGCACAGGCAGUUCCGGUAGUCAAUAUGGGAGCCCAAGCAAGUUGCCCCUGAGGAUCCCCCCAAAACCUGAAGGGAUCCCCACCCCACCUGGAAUGGAACACCAGCGGGCCUAUGCCCAGGUAGAAUGCGCCGGCCUGACUGUAUCUGGGGAACCAGGCAGUGACCACUGCAGGUGCCUACCCACCCCAGCAGAUUUCCCUCAAGCCUUGAUGGCCCCAGGGAGGACACAGCCUCCAAACAAUUUGGAAACAAGCAGGGCAUCCAAGCUAGAAACUUCUGGAAGGCAUCCAGAUGCCUCUAAAACUGAGACUGGUGCUGUGAGCCCAGAAGCCCCCCUCUCACCCACAAUUGAAGAAAAGGUCAUGUUGUGCAUUCAGGAAAACGUGGAAAGGGGCCAAGUGCAGACAAAGUCCACCUCUGUGGAAGCAAAGCCAAAGCCAGGGCCUUCUUUCGCCAGCUGGUUUGGUUUUCGGAAGAGCAGACUUCCAGCUCUCAGUAGCCGGAAAAUGGAUGUGUCCAAAACCAAAGUGGAAAAGAAAGAUGCAAAAGUCUUGGGGUUUGGAAACAAACAACUGAAAUCGGAAAGAAAAAAAGAAAAGAAAAAGUCUGAACUGCAGUAUGAAAUCGAAAAUGAGCUCAACAGGGGCAACACGUCGGAAGACGGUCCCGAGGCUGGUUUGCAGRGCAAAAAUAACCUGAAAACAUCACCAGACAUUUACAACCGAAUGAAGUUGGAACCAAGAAACAGACCCAACCCUGUUACGUGUUCAGCAAAAGAUAACUUUAUGACRGAACUCUUAAACAGAGUUGAUAAGAAAGGAGCUCAACAGACAGAGAGUGGAUCAAAGAAUGUUUCCUGCAGGAACGUGUUAAAGGGCAGUUCCCAGGGCUCCUGUCUCAUGGGCAGCUCAAUCAGCACUCAAGGAAGCCACAAGAAAAAUGUCAAAACCAAAGMGGAUGUGGUAACACCCAGAGACUCCCUGAUAAAAGAGGCAAACGAAAACUUACAAGAGGAUGAAGAAGACACAAUUGCAGAUUCCACAUUUCAGAGCCAUAACCUAGAAUCAAACUGCCAGAUGAGAACAUUGGACAGUGGAAUUGGAACCUUCCCACUCCCAGAGUCGGGAAAUCGCUCGAUGGGACGGUACAUAUGCCCACCAGACUCUCCGGAGGAGACUGACCCCCUCCUGUCUCUCCAGCCAGCUCCUUCCACAGCUUCUUCCAUCAGAGCCCAAACCCUAGAACGCGAAGUGCCUUCCUCAGCGGACAGCCAGUGCUCCACAAAGACUGCCAUCGUGCAUUCCAUAUCCGACCCCAUCAUGACGGCCAGGGGCCUGCGACCUCAGAGUCGCCUUCCCAAACCAGCCUCCUCAGGAAGAAGCAGUUUCCAAAAGCAGAACGAAGCAGGGCCAACACCUCAGACUUGCUCAUCAUUCAAAUACGCUGAAGACACCAUGGCAGACCAGCCACUUCCAGGCUGGGGCGGUGAGGAUGCUGCCGCUGAGACCCAGGACAAGGUACCCAGAAUGUACACAUACUCUGUCAGCAGUAGCAUUAGUGACAAUGACCCAGACUAUGAAAAUAAUGUUUCAACCUGCAAAGGGAAAAUUUAG